AUGGCGGCGACUGAGGCCCCUGUCCCUACCAAGCAGUUCACCAAAAUCAAACAGCUGGAGUUGAUUCCGGAAAAGGCCCCAGAGGAAGAGGAGGACAGGGUGUGCAGAGUGAAGGAGCAGUUGAGCCCCGUGGACAUGGAGGCCCAGUCUCUCCCGGGGGCCCUGCAGCCCUGGAUCCCCGAGGGAGAGCUGGAGUUGGUGUCAGCCUCAGCGGAGGAGAGCCAGAAGCACAUCCUGAUGCUGCAGACAGUGCACCUCACCUCGGAAGACGUGGAGGUGUAUGAGAUGGGCUGGCUGCCGGCACAGCCCCCAGAAGGGGGUCAGGACGAGGUGUACUCACUGCAAGAGAUGGAGCUGAUGCAGUUCCAGGUGGUGGAGGAGAGCGGGACGGCGACCAGUGAGGACAGCAGGCUCGCUGUGAGCCUGGCGGGAAGUGCUGGAUCGGUGAAGCUGGAGAGAGGUCAGGAGGGGGCCCAGCUGCUGGCGGAAGGAGGAUUCCCUGAGCGAGCAGAGGAGCAGCUCUUCCUUGUGGAGGCCACGCCGGGGGAGGAAGGAAGAGACGAGAUUAUUCUGACUAUUUCCAGCUUGCACGUGGAAGAGCGAGAAGAUAAACCUUCAUCUAGUGAAGCCAGAGUUGAAAAAGUCAACCCUGCAAAAAAUCGGAGAAAGACAAAGGGAGCAAAACGAACCUUCCGUUGUGACAUCUGCAUGUUCACCUCUUCUAGAAUUUCGAGUUUUAAUCGCCAUAUGAAAACUCACACCAAUGAAAAGCCCCACAUGUGCCACCUCUGCCCGAAAGCUUUCCGUACGGUCACUUUGCUUCGAAAUCACGUCAACACCCAUACAGGAACCAGACCAUAUAAGUGUGGCGACUGUGACCUGGCAUUUGUAACCAGUGGAGAGCUUGGCCGACACAGGCGUUACAGACACACUCACGAGAAGCCCUUCAAGUGUUCCAUGUGCAAGUAUGCUAGCGUGGAAAGCUGUGUCCUGAAGGUGAAGAGCAGCCUCCAGAUGUUCGGAAGGUUGCAAAUCGUGGCCUGGUCAACACAGCUGCACUUGACACGGGCACCUGUGCUUGACCUGUACCACCUGGGGUUUAAACGCACAGGGAGGGGGUUGGAGGAAGCCCUGGGAACAGAGGAGACGCUCUCGGCUCCAGGUGAGAAGCCGUACGAGUGCCACGUCUGCCACGCACGGUUCACCCAGAGCGGCACCAUGAAGAUACACAUUCUGCAGAAGCACGGCGAGAACGUCCCCAAGUACCAGUGUCCCCACUGCACCACCAUCAUUGCCAGGAAAAGUGACCUGCGUGUCCACUUGCGGAACUUGCAUACGUACGAAGCUACAGAGAUGCGAUGCCGUUACUGUCCUGACGUCUUCCAUGAACGCUACGCCCUCAUCCAGCACCAGAAAACGCAUAAGAACGAGAAGAGGUUCAAGUGUGAACUCUGCAAUUAUGCCUGCAAGCAGAAUAACAUGCGCAAGCACUCAGAGAAGUGUGACUCGGGGCAAGAAAAGUUGGCCACCUCCGGAAAAGGAAGAAGGACGAAAAAGAGGAAGCAGACGGGCCCAAGAAAGGCAGUGAAGGAAGACGAAGCAGCUGCUGAGCGGAAGCUGGUCAAGAAGGAGGUGUCCACGGUGAGAGGCCAGCAGGACCCAGGCCAGAUGGUCCCUGGUGACUCCGGAGGAGACAGAGGCCCCAAGGGGGACCUGACCUGUGAGAUGAUCCUCAACCUGAUGGAUAAGUGA